CCAAUGAAUCAACCCUGACACACUUUCCUUAGGACAUCUAAAGAGUGGAGUAACCUUUUAAGCCAGCUUCCUUCGGUCUUCUGGCUGGACCUGGAAUGUCGUCCCUCUGCACUGGACACAUAAAAAUGAAAGGAAUCCUGUCUGCAACAGGAAAUGGCUUUGUCAUUUAUAUGACCAUCAAACGCAAGACCAAGCUGAAGCCUCCUGAACUCAUGAUCGUUAACCUUGCCAUUUUUGAUUUUGGCAUAUCAGUGACCGGAAAACCGUUUUUUGUGGUCUCCAGUUUCUCCCACCGCUGGCUGUUCGGCUGGGAAGGCUGUCAGUUCUACGGCUGGGCAGGCUUCUUCUUUGGCUGUGGGAGCCUCAUCACCAUGACAGUGGUGAGCCUGGACCGCUACCUGAAGAUCUGCCACCUCCGAUACGGCACAUGGUUAAAACGCCACCACACCUUCAUUUGCUUGGCCUUUGUCUGGAUGUAUGCAGCCUUCUGGGCCACCAUGCCACUGGUUGGCUGGGGCCACUACGCCCCGGAGCCGUUUGGGACCUCAUGCACCCUGGACUGGUGGCUCGCUCAAGCCUCUGUGUCGGGCCAAAGCUUCGUCUUGGCCAUCCUCUUCUUCUGCCUCGUCCUCCCAGCAGGCAUCAUCGUCUUCUCCUAUGUCAUGAUCAUUUUUAAAGUGAAGUCAUCAUCGAAGGAAAUCUCACACUAUGAUGCCCGCAUACGAAACAACCACAACCUGGAGAUGAAACUCACAAAGGUGGCGAUGCUGAUCUGCGCUGGCUUCUUGAUUGCCUGGAUUCCGUACGCCGUGGUCUCUGUGGUGUCGGCGUUCGGCGAGCCGGACUCCGUCCCCAUCCCUGUGUCUGUCGUUCCCACGUUGCUAGCCAAGUCGUCAGCGAUGUACAAUCCAAUCAUCUACCAGCUGGUGGAUCUGAAAAACUCCUGCUCCAACUGCUGCAUCAAGGUCAUGAAGAAACCGAAUCAUUUUAGGAAGUCGAGGUUCUACACAAUCUCCGGCUCAAUAAAGGACAGCAGACCAGCCAAAGAUGCUCACAUCGAGAUGUAAAGCAAACUGUUGAGACUGCUGACCUUUUGUCUUUUCUACCGUGGACAUUUUACCUUCGCCAUGCCCUCUCUGUGCCCAGCAGCUGACCAAUCACACGCUGUCUGCCUGCCUGCCUGCCAUGAGGUCAUCACCUGCUCACCUUUGUUGCCGAUUCCUGCGUGCUGCGGCUCCCUACCUACACUGGAUAUCCACCUUUCUGGUAGCUUCCUACCUGCACAUGAUUCUAUCGCUGUAGUGUACACUGGUUUCUAAGUACAGAAAAAAUGUUGGGUGGACUUGUUGAUUUUUCCAUCUCCAGUAUUCAAGAGUUCUCAAAAAAAAGAAGAAAAAAUUAAAAACUACUUGACUCAGGUUUGGAAACCGGUGAUGUUUCCAAGUCAAGACGGAUCUUCAGCUAUAAUGUUUUUGUGUAAAAUAUGGUAAAAAAAAGAAAACGUAGAUUCAUGUUGAUCUUUUCUGCUAUUUGUACAGCUUGUUGGUGUUUGUACUUUUACACUUGUGUUGUAUAUGAAAAACAAUUUGUAAGUAUCUGGAUACAGCACUGAAUCAGAUUAUCUCACCUGGUUAAUGGGAGAGAGAGAGAGAGAGAGAGAGAGACAGAGAGAGAGAGAGAGAGAGAGAGAGAGAGGACUUUUAAUUCUGUUGACUGAAAAGUCAAACCUGGAAAAGUUGAGCAAUCAUUAUUUAGCAACAUCAAUCAAAAGUCAGUAGUGUGAAGUAUAGGUGUCCAAGAAAACACACACACACACACAUACACACAGAAUGCAUGCACUUUACUUUCCAAGCCAUUCAGAAUGCACUGACGCCAGAUGUUGUCAUAGUUUUACAUCUGGUUGAUUGUUGCAAAAUUGGGUUGAAUUAACUUAAAGAAAAAUACAUUAAUUUCUACAAGUACUUACAUGUCUAGAAAUAGAGUAGAGUUAUAAUUAAUUCAGGGAUGACUAAAAUAUAUUUAUUUUUGCUAUAUCUUCUCUUUUUAUUUGGUUACCACUGAAAAUAAAAGUUGUUCCUUUCCUUUCUUUAGCAUUGUGUUCAUUUCUGUGUUGGCACAAACAGUAAGUUAUGUGUUUGGGUUGGUCUUUGUUGUAAUUUUGCCUUUUUGGAAAUGAAUCUUAAACCGUUGAAAAGCCUGUUUUCCCUCUGAAAUAGUUUCACCUUUGCAAUGUAAGAACAUUUGUGCGUUGAGCAGCGACGUUGAUUAUGUUUGGAUUUUGCCUAAACCAAACAGUUUGUUCUGGUACUGCUUUGUAUCCGUUGUUAGACUGGUUGGUGAAUGAAGUACUUCCUGAAACUCUUUUCUGGUCACACACUGCCGUGGGAUGGCAUCCUGUCCUCAUUUGGCAUUUAUUGGUUCACCUUGAAUAAAAUUUUGUAAUAAAACCACUCUGUGAGGACAACGGCUGCCAUCUUGGUAGACUGGUGCCAAAAAGUUGACGUAUAGGAUCCCAACAUUGAUAUCUCCGUUUCUGAUGAUGUCAAACAUCUGAUGGAGGCAACAUGAUGCAAAGUGACCAACAUAGUCAGUUUUCCUGCUAAACCCAGAGAUGGUUUUUACUAACAAAUGUAACUACAGUACUGCUCACGCUAAUUCCCUUUAAAUAUUUAAUUUCUUCCAUGUUAAAUCUACUCUAAAGAAAGAGUUAAGAAAUUCAUUAAAAAAAAACUGAAGUUGUUUUCAUGAGAAUCUUUUUCUUUUGUUUCAAUUAUUUGCAGCUGAAAUAAAAAUCAGGAAGUGAAGGUUGGAUGCUUAAGAGCCUCUGAGUGGACUAAUUAAUGCUGCGUUUAAGACAGUCAGUUAAAGCUAGUCCAAGAAUUCAACAUGCUGAGGUGAGUGAAUCUUCAUUAGAGUGUCUGUGUGGUGCAGCGUGAGAUGGAGUUUUACUGUUGGCUCGUGGCUGAGACAUUUCAAUUGUUUGUCUAAUAGUGGAGUUCAUGCAUCGUGUGUAAGGCAUAUCAAAGUUGUGAAGAUGUUAAGUGAGUUGUACUUGUGUAGCACUUUAUCCGGUCCAGAAGACUCCAUAGUUCUUUAUAUUCAGUCACUCACACACUGAUGGUAUUCAGCUGUUCAGUCGGAACCAUAAGUAGGUGUGGUGGAUGAAGUGUCUUAUCAAAAGAAACAAGGACAAACAGAAUGGGGCUCGAACUAGUAACCCACCAUGUACAGAAUGAACUCCUGCCUCCUCAGCCACUGUUGCUGCUGCAUCCAAAACAUUCCCGGUUUAACUUGUGAUCAAAUUGUGGAUGCUCCUUUCAGAGCUGCUGGUUAAGGUUGAAUCCAAAAGUCAGGCAGAUUUGGAGGCAGAGAUGUAACUUCAGAGAACACAACUAAGAAAAUUAACUAACACAUAUCACAGACUAACAAACAGAACAGACAGGGAUUCAACAGACGGAAGACCAUGAAGUAAAUGUGACACUUGGUAACAACAAGGUAAGCUAACAAGAGUAAACGUGAGAAACCAGCAAAGAGAAACAAGGUGAGGAGCUCGAUUACUAAGAGU